AUGACAGCAUCUAUGGGCACUGGAGUAGGAGACGACCCGAAACCCAGGCUCUCACGGCGCGAGGAGAUCAGGCAGCAAGACGAAGCGCUCCUCGCAGCGCUGGGGUACAAGCAGGAGUUCAAGAGGGCAUUCACGCCUCUUGAGGUGUUCGGUAUCGCGUUCUCAAUCAUCGGGCUAUUACCCUCGAUAGCGUCUGUUCUGUUUUACGCGAUCCCGAAUGGCGGCGGGCCGGCGAUGGUCUGGGGGUGGCUCGUUGCAAGCAUAUUCGUGCUGUUCAUAGGACUCUCGAUGGCGGAGCUAGCGUCCGCGGCGCCAACGUCAGGUGGGUUGUAUUUUUGGACCUACUCACUUUCGUCGCCGCGGUGGAGGAACGUCCUGUGCUGGUCCGUUGGGUAUGCAAACACCAUCGGGUCCAUCGCUGCCGUCGCCUCCAUUGAUUGGGGAUGCGCGGUGCAGGUCAUGGCAGCGGCCAAUAUUGGCUCAGGAGGGAUCUUCGAGCCAACUUCGGCUCAGCUUUUUGGGGUAUAUGCGGCCAUCGUCCUCUCCCAUGCCGUCCUGUGUUGUCUGGGAACCACAGUCCUUGCGAGGCUCCAGACUGUUUAUGUUAUCUUGAACGUCCUGUUGUGCUUGGCUAUCAUCGUCGCUCUGCCUGCAUCUACGCCGAGGGAGUUCAAGAACACGGCCAAGUUUGCUCUGUGGGAUUUCCAUAAUAUUAAUGGCUGGACGGAUGGAUAUGCGUUCAUUUUGAGCUUUCUCGCACCUUUGUGGACGAUCUGUUCCUUCGACUCCAGCGUGCAUAUUAGCGAGGAGGCCUCUAAUGCAGCUACGGCUGUGCCAUGGGCUAUCGUCAACGCCAUCGGGAUUGCUGGAGUUCUGGGAUGGGCCAUCAACAUGUCUCUCGCCUUCUGCAUGGGCACCGACUUGGAAGCGCUGGUUGAUAGUGACCAGCCGAUGGCUCAGAUAUUUUUCAAUAGCUUUGGAGAGAAACCGACACUCGCGAUCUGGGCGUUCGUUGUUAUUGUGCAGUAUAUGAUGGGCUCCAGCAUGCUCUUAGCUGCGAGUCGACAAACAUUUGCUUUCAGUCGAGAUGGAGCACUCCCAUUUUCUGGAUGGCUAUAUCGCAUGAACAGCUUCACGGGCACGCCUGUGAAUACCGUUUGGUUCGAUGCCAUCCUCUCCAUCGCGUUGGGUUUCCUGGUCUUUGCUGGUGAUCAGGCGAUCAACGCCGUCUUUGCACUGUCGGUCGUUGGGCUCUAUUACGCGUAUGCCGUCCCCAUCGCCGCCCGUUUCUUGGGUGAAAACGACUUCAAGCCCGGGCCGUUCAGCCUCGGUAUAAUGAGUCUUCCUGUGGGAAUUGUCGCGAUCGUGUUUAUGCUCUUCAUGAGCGUCGUCUUCCUCUUCCCAGAAACCCCGCAGCCAGGCGUCCAGGACAUGAACUACACCGUGGUCGUGUUUGGCGGCGUGAUGAUUCUCUCGCUCGUGUGGUACUACUUCCCGAAGUAUGGUGGCGUGUACUGGUUCACGGGGCCAGUCGCAACUAUCGAUCUUCCUACCCCUCCCGCUGGUGAUUCUUCGUACACACCUGCCACGGGUUCGUUCGAGGAAACCUUGAAGAAGGGCGGAGCUGGAGCGAGUGUGAGAGCAGUAGAGGCUUAA